AUGACUAUUACACCAGACUCGACCCCUCCCCCCAACGAUGCCAUCUUUCGGAAGCUGCUCCGCGUCGCGCAGGAGAAACCGGACCCCAUACUCCGCAAUGACCUGGUCCUCGGCCGGGACCUCUACGGCGAUCAGUUGUUGCGCGAUGUGAGGGGCCCCGGUGGCAACCGCGACACCGACCGCUACGUGGGAAUCUUGGCGCCUACCGGGUAUGAGCUCGUGGUCGCCGCGCUGGCCGGCCUCGCCCUGAUUUUAUGCCCAUCCCAGUCGCGGUUCGCCGGACCGGACGCUCCGCUGGACACGAUUCGCGCGGUCGUGCAACGAUCCCCGAUCCACGUAGUCUGUCUUUCGUCGCGACACGCUCACCGUGCUGCCGCCAUCGGUCUGGCCCGACUGCGUCACGAUCUCCAGUUGCGACUCAAGUCCACUCAACACCCCAUCGCCCUGCGCGUGUUACGGGACCACGACGGCAUGCAGCUGACCGAUGUGGGGAAGAUCGAUCGCGUCUCCAUCGCGAGACAGUUGUCCGGCCCGGAUACCUCGUCGGCGGAGUGGUGGGAAUGCUAUUAG